AUGGCCACGUGGGGCGGGCUGGCCUCCAGCUUCACUACCCGCGUCGAUGCUGCUGUGUCCGAUGCUGCUGUGUCCGAUGCUGCUGUGUCCGAUGCUGCUGUGUCCGAUGCUGCUGUGUCCGAUGCUGCUUCGAGAGCUUGUACGCGCCUGGCCCUGCUACUCGCCCUACACGACACCACCACCACCUUCGCACGCAAUCUCUCCCGCCUCCUCGCCUCCCUUCCUUCCUCCGCCACCGCCGAUGCCAAUAAACCAUCUUCCUCUGAAAAAAACACACAAGGAGCCACCGCAGCAGCAGCAGGAGGAGGAGGCGCAGGGGGAGGAGAGAAAAGCAGCAAGAGCAAGGGCAGGGAGGAGGAGGGGGAGCAAGAGGGAGAGGGGCGUGUGAGUGUGAGCGCCGUGGUGUGGGCAGUAUUCCGCCCCUUGGAGCCCUUCAAGCAGCACUACGGGGACUAUGAGCGUGCACAGCUGGCGGCGGAUCUGGGCGGCAUAGAUCUCAGACCGGGCGGCGCAGUGAAGCAAGUGGGGCAGCGUGGGCUCGUGCUGGCAGAUGCUGUGCGGCGCAUGGAGGUGAGAGGCGGUGCUGUGCGGUGCAUGGUGGUGAGACGGGUACUGGGAGGGGCAUGGAGCAGCCAUGGCAGCACUCGCAGCAGUAGUGGAGUGCUGUCUCGCCUUCACAGGGGGCUCAGCAGUGUUGCUCACCGCUCUCAACCACUCCCUCCUCUUCGUCCCUUCUUUCUUACCCGCCCCACUCCGCCCUCCCCAACCCCUCCACAGGCGGCCAUCCCAGCAGCCAUGGCAGCACUGGAGGCAGCAGUGGAGCGCUGUCUCGCAUUCACAGGGGGCUCAGAGGCAGCAGCGCUCCUCACCUCUCUCGACCACUCCAUCCUCCUCUUCCUCUCCCGCCUCUCCUCCUGCCUCCAAUCCCUCCCCCCCAUCUGCGGCCUCUCCCCUCCCCCACCUCCCGCCCUUCCUUCCUCCGCCACUCCUUCCGCUCCAACCCGAGCCUCUGGCCCAGGCUCGGACCGAACCAAUCCAGUCUCAGACGAUCCGUUAGCCAGUCUACCGGACCCCGCAGGGUACGGGGGAGGUGGAGCAGGGGGAGUGGAGGAGGAGGAGGAGUGGGCAGUGGUACAGGGGGCGCUGCAACUGCUGAUGGUGGCAGAGAGUGUGGCAGUGCGUGUGGCAGUGUUUGAAGCCUCUCUCCGCAGCGCCCUCACCCAGCUCUCCCCCCACCUGGGGCUGGAUGCUGGGGGGGAUGGCGCAGGGGAAGGGGGAGGGGAAUCCGCGGGAGGGGAGGUGAAGCGGGUGGGGUCGGUUGGUGGCGCAGGGGGAGGGGGAGGGGGAGGGGGAGGGGGAAGCGGAGCAGGAGGGGGAGGGGGAGUGGAGGGGAGUGAGGUGGAUGUGGCUGUGCUGAGACUGGCGGAGUAUCCCGACAAGGCUCAGCGCCUUGCUAGGCUGCUGGACGAGCUGAGGGACCCGCGCAUCCACGCGCUCCCGCGCACGGCGCAGCGAGUGAGAAGCUUCCAGGAAGCAGUGUCAUCGUUGGUGUACGACGUGCUCAUUGCCAAGGUGCGGCGGCAGCUGGCGGGGGUAUCCACGAUGCCGGACUGGGCAUUGGGUGAGGAGGAGAAUGUGUUUGACCUACCUGCUUUCAACGCAUACGCUCUACCAUACAUCACGGCCGUGGGAGAAUAUCUCCUCACUCUCCCCCAGCAACUCGAGCCUCUCGCCGUUGCUGCCUCCGAAGCUGCCCCGAGCCUGCUCCUGCAAGCCUCGGCAAGCGGUGCGUCGGCGGGCGGGGAAUCCGCGACGCCAACCGCAGCAGGGGAGGAGGAUGCGGGGGCAUAUUUCGUCCGGGAGUGGAUGACUAAGGUUGCGGACGGGGCGACGUCGCUAUUCGUCGAGCAGAUUUGGGCAAUUCCCGAGGUGUCCGAUCGUGGGGCACAGCAGCUAGCAGCAGACAUAGAGUAUCUGUGCAGUGUACUGUCUGUGCUGUAUGUGGCUGCAUCACCUGCUAUUGCGACCUUCCAAGCGUGCUUUGCCACGCCCAAGGCGAGCCUGGCGGAGUUUAUUGCUCAGGAGAGUGGUGCUGGGGGAUCGCUGGAUGCCACCACUGCCCGCCUGGUCGCCAAGAUGAGGCGGGUUGCGCUAGAGUGA